AUGAGUUUUGAAAUCACAUUUUUAGGAGCAAGCGGUGGUCCUAUCGAGGGGACUAAUUGUUCUAUAUUAGUUAAACCAUCUCAUCUAUCUUAUGAAACUAUAAUUAAUCAAAAUCUAAAAGAUGAAGUAAUCUGUAUCGAUGCUGGAUCUGGUUUAUUACAAUUAUCAGAAAUCAUUCAUAAUGAACAACUACAUCAACAACUGAAUUCAAAAUUACUUCAUCUAUAUAAUGAUUCCUUACCUACUAAAGAUUAUAUAUCGUCCACAAAAGCAAAAGGCACCAACAUUAAAAUCACUACUCCAUUCAAAUCUUUAAAAGACACAUGUUUUAAAUCAUCCCAAUCUAUAUUCAACAACGUUCAAACUUAUCUUAUAACCCAUCCUCAUCUAGAUCAUAUAAAUGCCUUAGUUAUAAAUUCAUCAUCAUUUUCAAAAUUAAAUCCUAAACAAAUCUUUGGAUCAAAUUAUACCAUUGAUGCUUUAAAAGUUCAUAUUUUUAAUGGAAUCAUAUGGCCUAAAUUAAAUAAUUUCAAUCUUAUAAAUCUCAUCUCCAAACCAUUCUGGCAUCAAUUCUCCAUUAAUAAUGAUAAUUAUAAUAUAACCAUGUUUGAUUUAAGUCAUGGUGUAAGUUGUUCUAAUGGAUUCGUCAAACACGAGGAUAUCAUUGAACAACCUCGUGAUUGUAAUAAUAUCGUUCGAAAUGAAGAUACUUGUUAUUUAUCGCUGGCAUUUUUAAUUGAAUCACCAAGUUUCCAUAAAUCAUUAUUAAUCUUUGGAGAUUUUGAAAGUGAUUUAAUGUCCAAUCUUUCCAAGAAUAAAAGAGUGUGGAAUUUCAUUGCUCCAAUCAUAAAUUCUAAUCAAUUAUCAGGUAUAAUUUUAGAAUGUUCAAAUCAAAAUGAUUCAAAUGAAGAUGAAUUAUAUGGUCAUCUUAUACCGAAUCAUUUAAUUCAUGAAUUGAAAUAUCUUGAAUCAAAAUGUAUUUCAUUGAAUUCCUCCAUUUCAAAACCACUACAAGGGUUAAACAUCAUUGUCAAUCAUAUCAAAGAACCUUUAGAUACAGUUCAUGAUCCUCGACAAAUGAUAUUACAAGAAUUAAAUAAUUUAAAUGAUUUAGGAGUUCAAUUUUCCAUUGGGUUAAGUGGAGUAUCCGUAAUUAUAUAA